GCGGGGCAGGGCUGUGGGCGGCUGCAGGGUUAUUACUACUACUCCGGGCGCUCCGGGAGGGACUUGAGCGGCGCCUCAUUCCUGAAGCCAGCCAGAGUCCGGCGAGAGAGCGGCGGCGAUGCUGCGCGUGCGGUGCUUGCGAGGGGGCAGCCGGGGGGCCGAAGCCGUGCAUUACAUCGGGUCCAGGCUUGGGAGAGUCUUCACCGGGUGGGUGCAGCGAACUUUCCAGAGCACCCAUGCAGCUGCAGCCUCCCAGACCGCCUGUGUUGCUGCUGAUGAAAAUAACAAAGUUCCCGACCCUGUUCUCGAAGAUUGCCCUGUCUGCUCAUACAAUGAAUGGGACCCACUUGAAGAGGUCAUUGUGGGGAGAGCUGAAAAUGCCUGUGUUCCUCCUUUUUCUGUUGAGGUCAAGGCCAAUACCUAUGAGAAGUACUGGGGCUUUUAUCAGAAGUUUGGAGGCCAGAGUUUCCCCAGGGAGCAUGUGAAGAAAGCAAUUGUGGAAAUUGAAGAGAUGUGCAAUAUUUUGAAAAUGGAGGGGGUGGUUGUGAAGAGGCCCGAGCCUCUCGAUUGGUCAGCCAAGUACAAGACGCCUGACUUUGAGUCCACUGGGAUGUAUGCUGCCAUGCCUAGAGACAUUUUACUGGUGAUUGGAAACGAGAUCAUUGAAGCACCAAUGGCUUGGCGUGCCCGUUUCUUUGAAUACAGGGCCUACAGGCCUGUCAUCAAGGAGUACUUCCGCCGUGGGGCCAAAUGGACGACAGCACCAAAGCCCACAAUGGCUGAUGAGCUUUACGACCAGGACUACCCCAUCCGCACUGUGGAAGACAGACACAAGCUGGCCGCUCAGGGGAAAUUUGUCACCACCGAAUUUGAGCCCUGUUUUGAUGCUGCAGACUUCAUUAGAGCUGGAAGAGACAUCUUUGUGCAAAGGAGUCAGGUUACUAACUAUUUGGGGAUUGAAUGGAUGCGAAGACACCUCGCUCCCGAGUACAGAGUGCACACGAUCUCUUUUCGAGACCCGAACCCUAUGCACAUCGACGCCACAUUUAACAUCAUUGGACCUGGCCUCGUGCUCUCCAACCCAGAUCGUCCAUGCAAUGAGAUCGAACUAUUUAAGAAGGCAGGCUGGUCAGUGGUUCAUCCUCCAUUGCCUCUCAUCCCGGAUGACCAUCCGCUGUGGAUGUCUUCCAAAUGGCUCUCCAUGAAUGUCCUGAUGCUAGAUGAGAAGCGUGUGAUGGUGGAUGCCAAUGAAACAUCAAUCCAGAAGAUGUUUGAAAGUCUAGGUUCUCCAAUCUUAACAUCGAAGCUGUAUCCCUCAACAGUGCAGUGUGUGAACUGGCCCUUGAACUCAGCCAGAGUAACCACCCCUCUCAUCAGCAGCACAGGUCUUCUGGCUGGCUUUUUGAAAGACCAUUCUCAUACAUGAAACCUUCCUUCACUUCACUUCCAGGAUAUGCACGACAGGACAUCAUUUCUGGAGCUCCUAGAAUUGAGCCAGAGUCAUUAUGCAUCUACCUCUACUGAAAAUUCGAUCAAAAAGGCAGCUAGAAAUGUUAGACCUGAGUUUAACAUGAAUCGUUUCUUUCCAAUUGAGGAUGUGUGUGUUUGUGUGCAUGGGUACCACACUAUAAAAAAAGGUUAAGACAGAUUUAAAUACCCAGAUCUUACAUGGGCCCAGGUUCUUAUGCUUCUUUGUGUACAAUACUAUUUAGAUUAAUUUUUUUCUUUGGCGAAAAAAGAAAAAGCUUUAGCCUUAUGCAGAUGACUUCAUAGAGCCUUGCACAGAGGAGACACGGAAUCAUGGCCUCUUCAGCAUACCUGCCUUGCCUCUCGGCCUGUUUUUCCACCUAUAUUUGUCUGUGUCUAUGGUAUCAAAAUGUAAGCUAGGGAUGUGCACAAAUUUGGCUCAAAUUGAUUAAACUUGGGGCCGAUUCAAGCAAAUCUCCACUCUUCAGUAGUUUCAAACUCUAAUAGAUUCAAAUACAAUUUAAGUGAAAUUCGUGCCCAUCCCUAGCGUAAGCACAAUAACAGAAUGCUAGAGUUGGAAAUGACCUUGGCGGGUCCUCUAGUCCAGGGAUUCUCAACCUUGGGUCCCCAGAUGUUACUGGACUUCAGCUCCCAUAAUCCCCAGCCCCAAUGGCCUUUGAUUGGGGAUUAUGGGAGUUGAAGUCCAACAACAUCUGGGGACCCAAGGUUGAGAACCCAUGCUCUAGUCAAACUCCCUGCUCAGUACAGGACUCUGAUACAACGCGCCUGACAGAUGGCCCUGGAAAGAAAGAGAGCCUACAAGCCAGACUGUCUUAACACAGGAGUUCCCAACCCUGGGUCCCCAGAUGUUGUUGGACUACAACUCCCAUCAUCUCUAGCUACAAUAGCCUGCUGUAUACAGUCUUAAAGGGGUUCCCAACCUGUGAGCCUCCAGAUGUUGCUGAACUACAACUCCAAUCACUCCCAGCCACAUUGUGGCUGGGGGUGAUAGGAGUUGUAGUUCAGCAACACCUAGAAGACCACAGGUUGGGUACUCCUGGUCUAAACCACUGCUCUAUACAGUCACAUUUGCGUGGGGCUUCAGAGGAAUAUUAUCCAGUGUCUCCCGCCCCCGCCUUCUUUCUCCAAAUCUUAAAAGUCUGAAUUUAACUUCCUUGUUCCCAAAGCGUUGACUCUACAGCCCUGGUUUGAGAAGUAGUUUUAUUUCAGCAUAUCUGCCUCAUUGAACAGACUCUUCUUCUUUUCUUUUCUUUUUUUUUUGCUUUUUAAUUUUUUUCAUGUGUGCCAACAUGAUAUCUCAUGUUGUAAACUUGUUUACACGAUAUAAGAUUUCCUGUUUACAAUUAAGAAUAACCCUUAGCAGAAAUGCUAAUACUGGAAAUCUAACUAUAUGCCAAUGAUGUAAAUUAAAUUUUUAAUACUGAUGCCUUCAACAUGUAUUUUUAUGCUAAUAAAACACUUUUUGCUUUUGUGAA